GGCCACUGACGACGCUUUAAGCUGUACGACGCUGUGCACUGCAAUCUCAGCAGCCAUGGAGUUAUUUACCCACCAUUUUGGGUUGGUACUGCUACUGCUAGCUAGGUGAUUUAGCACUUUGAAGCAAAAGUAGCCAAGUGGGUGGCCAAUCCACACCAGUUCGGAUGAUGGAUUCCAUAGCACAAUGUGAUAGCGCCUUUUAACUGUUUGCUUUUUUCUUCCUUUCUUCGUCACAUGGAGUAGUUCACAUCAUGAAAGUAUGAAUAUUCUCAUUCUUCCGAUAACAGGGGUAUCCAAGGCACCUACCCCUUUUUUCCUGCUCCUUUUAUGUUUUAACUACAAUUUGCAAGUGAGGGAUUCUGGUCAAAAGAUGCUAAUUUUCUGGAGAAUGUGUGCUGUCUUGGGCAUUUUCUUAUGCCACAGUGCUAAAAUGGACUGGUCAUGCAGAUUAGUGACUCGGUGAUAGCAGUUGCGUGAAUGGAUCUUCGCUCACAUUGUUGGCGGCUUGGCGCAGCAUGUGAAGUACCACAUGCAUCUGCAUUCCGCGGGUGCAGCUAAAGGGACAAGUGCAUGAAAAUUUCUGUUUAGUGUAUUUUGAUGUAGGCAUUUGCAGAAUUGGAAAUUCUGAUUAGUAGUCAUCGGAGUUGUCUCGCCAUUACCCGCAAUAAAAAGAGGAGUUGUACCGUCAUUACCCGCAAGAGAGGAGUUGUAUCGCCGUUGAUCUAUUCUGUCAUUUAUUGCAUAAUUUGUUGUGCCCAAUAUUUGUUUUUGUCUAUUCUUUUUCUUCCAUGUUCAAAACUUAGCUGAACUAACUGAUAUUUAUUGCUGGAGACCGUUGAUUCAGUAUGUGGACAACCCUAGAGGUAAGAAUAAGAUAAGAACAGUGAUUACUGAUUUUGGAACAUUUAGAAGGCGCAUUCUGCGUUACUUAUCAAGCUCUGUCCUUUAAUUUUCAAAUUUAGGUCUUCCUUUCAGAAAUUUAGCGAUGAUGGAUUCCAUACAGAAUAAUGUGAUAGCACCUUUUUGGUUGCAUGGUACUACAUGGUUAUAUACCAUGAAAUUGUGAUUUUUUGCAUUCUUCUUGCAAUCUUCCAAAAUGAGAGAUUUCAUCAAAGACCUACGACUGAUAGCCUCCACUAGCACCAUUUUCAAGUGAGGAGUUUUGGUGAAAGAUUGUAUUUUUUUUUCUGGAGAAUGUAUACUCUCUUGGCAUUUUCUUGUGCUACAACGCUAAAAUGGACUAGUCGUGUAGUUUAAUGGCUCCUAUAUAGCAGGCAUUAAGUGCGUUGUCGCAGGCAGGGGGCGUUUCUAUGUUUACUCUGUGGGGUCAGCUUGUUUGAUUGCAAGCUUAGUUCUAUUCAUAUUUGUGCAAAAAUUAGGAUAUUUUGGAGAGAUUAGGGCACUUGAACCCACAGCUUUUUGGUGCUGGCACCGCCACUGGUCGCAGGACAUGCAUCUGUUUCCACAGACGCAACUAGAGAGACAACUGCAGGAUUAGGUGUAAAAUAUGGGUGCAUGAAAACAUCUGUUUGGUGUAUUUUGAUAUCGGCAUGGGUAGAAUUGGAAGUUCUAAUUAGUGGUCAUCGGAGUUGAAUCGCCAUUGGGUUAGAACAAUCCACGGCUUAUUUUAUGGUUAUUAUUAUUGCUUAAUUUGUGACAUGGCAAUAUUUGUUUAUCUUUAUUAUUUCCUCUUUUCCUCGAUACUACAUACUUUGUUGAACUAACAGUUAUUUAUUGCCGGAGAGUGUUGGUUUUAUUUUUGGACAGCCCCAUAGUUAAGACAAGAAUGAUGAUUACUAAAUUUUCGUAGAACAUUUAAAAGGCAUCUUCUGAGUUCCUUGUCUAUGUCCUUCAAUUCUGAAAUGUUGAGGGCAUGCAGGUCCAUGCUAAUGAGGGUGGUGUUACACAAACUCGCGGUGGCAUUUACUGGAUAAUCUUGCCUGCUGGAUAUCUGGGUUCAUCAUUUUGGGGAAUGGUGUUCAUACUUUCAUCUACACAUCUCCUAGCUACAAGAAUUGCGGCUGGUUGCUUCAUACUUGCAUUAAUUAUUGUUCUCUUUGUUGCCAAAAAUUGGUUUCUGCGCUGGCUCUGCAUUGGUUUCAUCAUAUUCAUUGCUGUUGUCUGGGUUAUACAAGAAUUUACAACUUUCCAUGUUCUGAAGUAUGUUAUUCUAUUCAUAGGUGUUAUGAAUAGCUUAUUUUCAGUUUACGAUAUCUAUGAUGACACCAUAUCCCGAAGAGUGAAUUCAAGUGAUGCUGAGAAAUUUGCUGAAAUCUGCCCUUGCCCUUGCAAUGGCGUUGGAUGGGGUGUUAUAUGGGGAUUCAUCUCAUUUAUUUUUCUCUGUGCGUCGAUAUAUCUUGGACUGGUUAUAUUGUCCUGAGGGCUUGCACCUCCCAUAUAUUAGCAUUUUGACCUGACAGCGCAGGCGGUGCUUGUUGUUUGUUUCCAUUGGUCCGGACAUUGGCUGCAGCUUGUAUUGAUCCAUGGGGGACAGGUUGUUCCAAAUGUAUACAUAGGGCAAUGAGUUUAUGCCAUAAUUAAGGUUGAUUGAAAUUGGAUAGGGGCGGUUAUUGAUGCGAUUCUUCCUUGCGUUUAUAGCUCAUGUAGAUGGCAUUUGAUAUGCACAGCUGAUAUAGUAUUAUGUUGUUGUUGAGAUGGUAUUCAUGGACCAACUGGAAUUUAUUCAGCAAUGCCUGCAGUCUCA